GCGCUUGCCGUAGUUUGGAACAUGUGGCUGAUCAAAUGUGCGGUGCUGUGAGUGCGAUCAGCGAUAAACUACAUUAACAUACCGGGUGUUACAUACUUAACCACUGGGGCUGCUCGUCAUGGCUCACCUGGCUCCCUCCGUGGCGAGGGACGCAGUGUUGAAGGAGAGCAUCCCUCUCCCGCAGGACAUGCUCCAGAUUAAAGGCUAUGACUUCAACCAGGGGGUGGACCAUCAGGCCCUGCUGCAGUCCUUCCUCACCACGGGCUUCCAGGCCAGCAGCUUCGGCCAGGCCGUGCAGGAGAUCAACAGGAUGAUAGAGAAGAGACUGGAGCCGGUGGAGGACGAGAUCGAGGGCUACGAGGAUCAGACUCGUUCAGGAUGCACUAUUUUCCUGGGCUACACGUCAAACCUGAUAAGCUCCGGUGUACGAGAGACCAUUCGCUACCUCGCACAGCACAGAAUGGUUGAUGUGAUCGUGAGCACAGCAGGAGGGAUUGAAGAAGACAUUAUAAAAUGUUUAGGACCCACUUACCUUGGAGACUUCAGUCUAAAAGGCAAAGAGCUACGACAGCAAGGCAUUAAUAGAAUAGGUAAUCUCCUGGUACCAAAUGAUAAUUACUGUAAGUUUGAAGACUGGCUGGUACCUAUUCUGGACCAAAUGGUGCUGGAACAAAAAACAGAGGGCACACACUGGACACCCUCCAAAAUGAUCCACAGACUUGGCAAAGAAAUCAACAACCCAGAAUCGGUGUACUACUGGGCCUAUAAGAAUGACAUCCCAGUGUUUAGCCCCGCCCUCACUGACGGCUCAUUGGGUGAUAUGAUCUACUUCCACUCCUAUAAGAACCCCGGACUAGUGCUUGACAUUGUGGAGGAUAUUCGGAGGUUGAACAGCAAGGCCGUGUUUGCCAAGACCACGGGGAUGAUCAUUCUCGGAGGAGGCCUCGUCAAGCAUCACGUCUCCAACGCUAAUCUCAUGAGGAAUGGAGCAGAUUUUGCGGUGUUUGUCAACACUGGGCAGGAGUUUGACGGCUCUGAUUCCGGCGCCAGGCCCGAUGAAGCCGUCUCUUGGGGAAAGAUCCGCAUGGAUGCCACUCCUGUAAAGGUUUAUGCUGAUGCUUCUAUAGUCUUUCCACUUUUAGUGGCUGAAACUUUUGCACACAACGCCGACAGGCUGAUCAAGGAAAAGAAGCGUGAUUGAUGGUGCUGUUCUCUU